CUUCUGCCGGCUUCAACCCCCCCUCUCCCUCCCUUCCCCCCCCCCCCCGCUCUCCUCCCCCCCUUCCCCUUCCCCUCCCCACCCGGGAGGAGAGGCACGGAGUGACCGACGGAGCCAGAGCUCCGGCCGCUCCGAGACCCCGCUCUCCUCCAUGGGGCCCAGCCCGGCACCCUCCUCCGCCUCGGGCAGAAGCCGCCGGCCGUGGCGGGGGGAGCGGCGGUCGGUCGCUCGCUCCCUGCCCGCGGAGGGGGCACGGUGCCUUCUUUGGGACGCGAUGUCUUAUUUGGUGUGGGUGGAUGGCUUAACUUGGUAAGUGGCAGGGUUUAACCCCCCUCCCCCGGCCCUCCCCUCCCCUCGCUCCUCCGCCCGCCCCCCCCCCCCCGCCCCCCUCCCCGUAACCUCCAAAAGGGGAAUUUUCCAGCUGGUAAUUUCUGCUGCGUCAACACCCAGCUCAAGGGAGAGGAGAAGAGACAAGGGGGCAUUUUAACAGCAGCUCCACUUGCGAAUAGCCAACCUCAAUCCCGGCUCCAGCAUUAAAACCCUUUCCACCCCCUAAAAACCAGCAUCCGUGCAAGUUGGACCAAGAGUUUGUCAGGAGUGUGGUUCAAAACUGCUUGGAAAAAGGGAUGAGCACAUCUGAUGAACCUUUUGGAGCCUGUCACCAGAGACCACUCUCCCCUAUUCAUUAAAUCAUGCACUGUCCAGCUGUGAAACAUCGGGACAUUUGUUUUCGCUGACAGGAAACGUUUUCAAAUACUGUUCUGUCUUUCUCCUACAAGAGUUCCCAGCAGUGCUCUCAGAAGGUCGUGGAACAGCGCACUACCUGUGCUGCCCUAGGGCUGUUGAUGUCCUCAGCUGUUGUAGGAGAAACACUAGACCUGGAACCCAGUUUGUUACUGGACUUGUGGAAGAGGAAACACAAAGAUUUCCAGAUGAAUAACCGAAAGGAAGAUAUGGAGAUUGCUUCCCACUACCGUCACCUGCUGCGGGAGCUGAACGAGCAGAGGCAGCACGGCAUCCUCUGUGACGUCUGCAUUAUAGUGGAGGGCAAGAUCUUUAAGGCUCACAAAAACGUUCUGCUCGGGAGCAGUCGUUACUUCAAAACGCUGUACUGCCAGGUACAGAAAACCUCUGACCAGGCCACGGUCACCCACCUGGACAUCGUGACUGCACAAGGCUUUAAAGCCAUCAUUGACUUCAUGUACUCGGCGCACCUCGCGCUGACCAGCAGGAACGUCAUCGAGGUGAUGUCAGCUGCCAGCUAUCUGCAGAUGACAGACAUCGUGCAAGCCUGCCACAACUUCAUAAAGGCGGCUCUCGACAUAAGCAUCAAGUCUGAUGCCUCAGAUGAUCUUGUGGAUUAUGAACUCGGGGCCCCUUCCAGCAGCAGCACGGACGCGCUGAUCUCGGCAGUGGUGGCUGGCAGGAGUAUUUCUCCCUGGUUAGCUCGGCGAACGAGUCCAGCAAACUCGUCUGGAGAUUCAGCCAUUGCCAGCUGCCAUGAAGGAGGGAGUAGUUAUGGAAAAGAGGAUCAAGAACCAAAAACAGACAGCCACGAAGACGUUUCAUCCCAGUCUCUUUGGGCUAGCGACGUAGGCUAUGGGUCUUUACGCAUCAAAGAGGAACAGGUUUCCCCAUCCCAUUACGGAGGGGGCGAACUCCAUUCUGCCAAGGAUAGUGCAAUACCGAGUGCGUUCUCGGAGCAGGGAGCAGGGGAUGGCUGGCAGCCCACGGGCCGCAGGAAGAACAGGAAGAACAAAGAAACUGUGCGGCAUAUCACACAGCAGGUGGAGGAUGACAGCAGGGCGAGUUCUCCAAUGCCAUCCUUCUUACCUGCCUCAGGAUGGCCAUACGGCAGCCGAGACACGGGUGCUGACGUGGCAGUCACAGAGCCCAGCAGCUCCGACAGCAGGGUGGAACGCUCGGACCCUUACACCACCAUGGAGGAAGCCCUCCUGGGCGGGGAAGCCAGCUACAUCUCCCAGCCGCUGACGCCGGAGAAGGAGGAUGCGCUGCAGGCUGCCACCGUGGCCAACCUGCGCGCGGCUCUCAUGAGUAAGAACAGUUUGCUGUCUCUGAAAGCCGACAUGCUGGGAGAGGACAGUUCCCUGCUGUUUGAGUACUUACCCAAAGGCACCCAUUCUCUCUCUCGGCCUGGCACCAACUUGAAUCGUUCAAGGGGAGAAUGUGAUGGCAAAGUGGAAGCACCGUCUCCCCCGCUGCCCUCAUCACACCUUGCCACUCAGAGCCCCUCCGAGAUCGGCUCUUCUGGUGAAAUGUCACCAGAACCCGUGACAAAAGGAGAGGUGCCUUCCUCAACCCAGGCUGCUUGUGAUGGGUUUUUAGCACUUUGGCAGUUUGAUAACUCUGAUUCAGAGACGAGUUUCUCGAGAUGUGAAGACACGGACAUAACCGCUGACGGCCCGUUCCUGGAUUCAGCCCUAGCCAAGAGGCUCGCCUGUGCUUUCUGCAGGAGGGUUUUCCAGCGUGCUGAGGAGCUGAAGGAGCAUCUCCACGAGCAUGCUUUCUCCAUGCUGCUCCCAUUUGACUUGGCUGACUGCUGCCGGCCUGGCCUUGCCGACGGCGUGCCUCCCGGCCCGCUCGCCCGCUUCCAGUGCUCCAAAUGCCCCGCCAGCUUCACUCUCAAAUCAAACAUGGAUCGGCACAAAAAGACCAUCCACCUCAACUUCAACGAGUUCACAGUCAUCAGGAAGAAGUUCAAGUGCCCCUACUGCAGCUUUUCAGCCAUGCAUCAGUGCAUCCUGAAGAGACACAUGCGCUCCCACACGGGAGAGAGGCCCUACCCCUGCGAGAUCUGCGGGAAGAAGUUCACGCGCCGGGAGCACAUGAAGCGGCACACGUUGGUCCACAGCAAAGACAAAAAGUACGUGUGCAAAGUGUGUAACCGCGUGUUCAUGUCAGCAGCCAGCGUGGGGAUCAAGCACGGCUCCCGGCGCCACGGCGUCUGCGCCGACUGCUCCGGCCGCGGCAUCGCCGCCCACCUGGACCACAACGGAGCAGAGGCCUCUCCGGACGAGUGCUACCCCGGGGAGGGCCAGUACAUGGAGGAUCCUGAUGACAUCAAAGUGGAAGGAGACGAGGAGAUGGGAGACGACGACGACAUCAAGUGGAAGGACGACGUGGGGGUGGCGCAGGACGACGUGAUGCUGGAUGACGACAAAGACGUGGAGUGUCCGCGGGAGCGGGACGACUCUGGGCAGCACCACAAGGAUUUCACCUGGAUUUCUUAGGGGUUGGGUUGUUCUGUCCUUGGUGUCGGUUUUGUUGCCGCUCUGUUGUUUGGAGGGGGAGGGAGGGUGGGGGAGGAAGGAGUAUGUUGGAAGAAAAAAACAAACUAAGUAGCCUUGUUGUCGUCCAUGUGUGCGAAAUAACUCGUGUGUGUUCUGAACAAGUCCUGCUCUGCUCCACUCAGAUGCUGUCUUAGCAGUGCUGCUUCCAGUGGCACGACUUGACUUUGCCUUCCCCCUGCCUGCCUUCCCCUUUCCUUCCCCUUUUCCUUCCUUCUUCCUUCCCCCUUUCCUUCCCCCUUUCCUUCCCCCUUUCCUUCCCCUUUCCUUCCCCUUCCCCCUUCCUUCCCCUUUCCUUCCCCCUUCCACUUUUCCUUUUCUUCCUCCUUUCCUUUCCUUUCCUUUCCUUUCCUUUCCUUUCCUUUCCUUUCCUUUCCUUUCCUUUCCUUUCCUUUCCUUUCCUUUCCUUUCCUUUCCUUUCCUUUCCUUUCCUUUCCUUUCCUUUCCUUUCCUUUCCUUUCCUUUCCUUCCCUUCCCUUCCCUUCCCUUCCCUUCCCUUCCCUUCCCUUCCCUUCCCUUCCUUCCUCUUUCCUUCCCCCUUCCCUCCCCAGCAGCCCCUCGGCCAAGCCAGAGAGGUUUAAUACAAGCGAGGUGGAGCUUCCCCAGGCAGGGAGGUUUGAGUCUCCUCCCCUUCCCACCCCCAUCCAAACCCCAGGGAGGUGUCUGUGUCUGAAGCAGGUUUGGGGGGGGUGUGUUUUUGGUGGUGGUGGUCAGCUGGUGUUCUUACCACCUUGUGUGAGUGCCGAAACCCCAGCUGCAGUGGGACCGCAGCCUGCCGUGUUGAAAGCGAGCGCAGGGAGGUGCUGCAGAGCUCCCCUGGCUGCUCCAGGCCUCCUGCAAAGCUAGUUACAGGAAGCUUUUAUCAUCAAAUGGCUUAAAAGGCAAGUCAGGUUCCAGACUUGUGGAUUCUUCUCUUAGCUUCCAAAGAACUGCCAUCAAAGAAAGAAGGAUGGUGAUGUUUCUUGGACCCACUGGUGUCUUUACCCACGUCCUGUCUUCCAGCCUCGGUCAGCUGCGGGCGCUGAAGCACGUGCUGGCGCUUCCAGGAGCAGCUUUUGCUGUAAGGGACACAGGGAGCUCUCCACCUGUCCCUCUUCCCUGCAGAGAUCUUCCCUUCUCUCCCUUUGCUCAGUUGCCUUUUUUCCUCAAUAUAUGCAAAAGCAAAGAGCAGGAUGGACAGGGGAGGGAGGGGAGGUCCCAGCUGGAGGAGACCUCGCUGCCCUUCGUGGGCCAGGACUUGCCCUGGGGACGUUGUUCUUGCCCACCAACGUACAGAGUUUUCCUUUGUCACUGGUAGGCAUCCCCACCUCCUUAACUGAUGAUGGAAACCUUCAGCUUCAGCUGCCCUGCUUCCAUGGAAAUCCCCAAAUGAGCCUUUUCUUCUCUUGGGCAGCAGCAGGUUUCUCUCCCAGCGUCUCACACCAGACCCCGUGGAGCUGCUCCAGGGGUUGGAGUCUCCCUGUUACAUCAGCCACUGUUGCCUUCUUCCAGCUGCCCCUAAAUGCCAACAGCAGCAACCUGUGUUGGAAGUGGCUCGUUGCUGAGCAGCAGCUUGGGUUUACCCUUCACCUCUUUGCUUCUGGUGCUUUUUUCGUUCAAGUUACAACAAUAAAAGGCUGAAGAGCUCACUCUGCCUUUGCCCUGGAGCAGAUUUGUACACUGCCUGUGACAACAGCACCUCCAGACCUGCCCCAACAGACAGCCCCUUCCCAGAAAGCCAAGUGCUGAGAGGUGCUACUUCCCUCCCCAGCCUGGUACAGGGGAUCCCUGUGGGCUGCAGCAGCUUCUGCCAGCUCUGAUGCUCCUUAAGGAAAAGCACAGAUACACCCAGCAAAGGAAAUAACGAGUGUGGUGGGCAAUAAACUCCAGUGAAGCAAAUAACCUUGGAGGAUCUAAGGCAGGCUGGGACAGCCCAGGAGGAGCUGGUUCUUUAUGCACUCCCACAUUUAAGCCUCAUCCUGAGUUUAAGGCCAUUCCUUCCUCUGCCCUUCAGCUCUUUGCAGACCCUCCUGCUUCAUGCCGCGGGUCUCCCUUGCUGGCAGCCUCCAGCAGCUCUUGCUCUGGGUGCACAUCAGGGCUUUGGAGGGCUGAGUCUUUCCCAGAGCUUUGGCUGUGUGGGGCUGCUGCUGCUCCUUGGGAUGAGGGAGGCUUUGAGCCAGUGAGCAAGGAGAACCCUCUUCAAGGAGCUACAGAGCCACAGGCUCACCCAGAAACACUUGUAUGAUGCUGUAAAACCCGACUUGGGCAGUGUAGCUCCCUGUGAAGCUCUCCUAAGCUGUCAAACGAGGUGAGCAGCCCAGGUUUGGGGCUCAGUGUGCCCUGUUCCCUGGCAGCUGCAGCAGUUGGGGUCCUGGAGCGUGACCCCGACGUUGCCUCUGGGUCUGGGGCUCAGUACUUAUUGUCUGUCCUGUAAAUAUAGAGGGGUGGGGGCUGGCUGAGGUGCUGCCCUCGCAGCCUCCCCUGUCCCACCUACACACACACACACAGUACUUGAUAGCUGUAGCUUUGCUUCUCCUAUGUAAAGAGAGUAAAUCUAUUUAAAGAAGAGUUUUAAAGCCCAAACUGUUGGAAACCCCCUGGAUUCAGUGACAUUCCAGUCACCCAGCCCCUCUGCUGCCCUCCCUUCUGAGGAGGAGCAGGAGCUGUUGCUCUGAGCCUCUCCCUCACUGCUCCCUGCCCUCUGCACUUGGGGUCUGGGGUUCUCACCUUCCCUUUGCCAGCAGUGGAUGUCUCUCUCCUUCCCUGCCUGUGGCAGGGUGGGCAGUGAGCUGGGCCCCUCUCCCAAGGCUCUUGGAGCAAAAAGCAAAUCCCCAAAAGGAGAGAGAGGGGGAAAAAAAAUCCCUUAAAGGGAUCUUUUCAGCUGUUUUACCGUGGCACAAGCUCUGUCUCACUAACACACACCAUAUACCAAAUAAAAGCCUUCUCCCAGCCCGGUGUGUGUGUUCCAGGUGCUUUGUCUGCAGAGGUGCAGGUUUGGGGGGGCAGGAGCCCACCCCGUGACCUUCCCCGCUCCUCCCUCAGCCUUGGCUUCCCCCACACCCCAGAAAAUAAGGGAUUUGGGGCUUGGUUUCUUUUCUAUUUAUGCUGAAACUUGCAGCAUCUCCCUCAGUUGCUGCUGGGGCUGCUCUGGGCUGUGCUCUGGGCUCUGCUCCUGCCUAUGCAAACCUGAGCCGGCACCAGCCCGCCGGGGGCUCAUCCUGCUGCUGCCCACCCGAGCUCAGGGGGCCUGUCCCCACUCCUCUUUGUAUUCCCCUUUCAGGGCUUUGUAUAGUUCACUGGGGUUCUCUUUUUUUAAGUUCUUUUCUAUGUGUGUGAGGUGCCCAGGCUGCGUUUCCCUCCCUCCUGGGUGGCCGACGGGACACAGUUGCCCUCAGUGACUUGUGACUGGUCUCUUUGGUCACCAUUCAUGCAACACCCAUCAAAGCCCCUCUUUGCAUUUCCUCCUUAUCCCCAUCAUUUUUUAGACACACACCCGUGCCAGGAGGCCCAAGAGCAUGUCAGGCCAAGCCUGGUGCUCCCCUGGCACAGAGCAGGGUGUGAGUGGCACCCCCUGCCCUCACCCCCCAGGCACUGAGCUGGGCCCAGGCCGCCUCCUGCAUUCGGCUUCCUGGCAAUUUAUCCCCCAAAUCUCUCUUUAUAGGUCAGAUUUUACCUGUUUUCCUGUGGUUUAAGGUCAGCUGGAGCCUGGCAGCUGCAGAGUGACUUUGUGACGGGGGGGAGUGUCUCCUGGAGGUUUGCAGUGGCUUUGUUCUCUCUGUUCUCAAUGCAAACCUCAGUGUUCUGGGCUGCAAGUGGCCUGUCCUUCGUGUGGAAGGAAACCAGCUGCAGCAGUGGCUCCCCUUUCCCCCUCUCCUCAUGCCUUUAGUCACUCUUCUCCAAAGCAAAGGGCUGUCAGGGGCUCCCCAGGCUCUCACCCUCCACCACGACCCUUCCCAUUCCACACACCACCCUUCAGGACAGAAACUCCACGAGAAUGAUGCAAAACUGGAACUUCUGCUGCAACAUUAGGGCCAGAUGCUCCUCUCUCUGCUCCUGUGCCACGUGUGACUCCCACAGCAGCCAGACUUCAUCCCUUUUGCCCACCCUACGUGGUGGUUUGCAUCUCCUGCCUCCCCCUCAGCCCUGCAGUGAGAGUGCUGUGUGGCUGCUUCCAUAGCUAUUUAUUCUUAUCAACGUGCUUUAAACCUGUCUACAAAAGAAAACAAAGCUCAACAAACACCCAGAGGACAGUUUGGAGGUGGUUUGUGGGGUGGGGUUUUUUUUUGCUGGGAAUAUUCUAUAUUAUACUGACUUUCUCUUAAUUAUGAUCAGCCUGUGUUUGUAUCCAAGGUGUGUUUCAUCCUUCGGGGAGGGAGAGGAGAUGAGUGCCCAGGAGGCAGGGGCAGGACCUGGCUGUGUUGUACUGAUGCCCUGUAACCCCAGGGCAGUGGCAGCUUGGCAGCCUCCCCCUGCUCAUGACUUUGUGAUGGGAUUUAGCUUAGAACAUGCAAGAGAUCAAUCACUUUCAAUAAAUUGGGAAAUUGCUGCUA